AUGUCCUACAUCUCGCAACAGAACGCACCUUCGUCCCGGCCUAUCGUCCUUCCUUCAUCCUCAAUCGGAGGUGGUCUUGAAGCUACGCCCCCUUUUGUCAGGGCAUACCCUCCUGUCCUUGAUUCAUAUGGAAUCUCGUCAUCCGAGUUCAUGGCUAUCGUUGACGCUGUCAACAUUGCUCUCGCUGAGCCCGCACCUUUCAAAGCCAUGCAAAUUGCGGGCGAUGGUCUAGGUUUUGCGCCUGAUCCUGUUUGCCAGGGUGUUUCCUUGGGUCUCGGUCUAGCUGCAGGCGCUGCGACAGCUGCGACAGCAUACAUUAGGCCUAAGAAGGUUCUUGAAAGGGUGAACCGUGACAUCUUUGCUCCAAAGGGCCUAAAGAUGGAGAUCUUGAAGGAUGAGGAGGUUAUGCGACGACUCAAGAUGACAGCCAAAAGUAUUGAGCCGUUGCAGAGACUCCAAGAGAUCAGUCAUGGCGUCGAAGUCUUGUCUUUCGAUGUUGAACCCCCAGUCAAAUCCAGCAAUGUGAUAGAUCGCGUCAGCGCAAAGCAAGCCGCGAUGAAACAGGCCAAGAAGGAGGAGAAGAAACAAAAGAAGGCAGACAAGCGAUACCAGAAGCGUGAAAAGGCGGCCGAGAAGUACAACUACCCGAUCGAGUCUAUCGAAGAGCGGUACGACUCAGAUACGGAGAGUCGCAUAGAGAAUGAGGCUAAGAUUGUGGGAUUGGAGGAUAAGAUCCUGGAGAUAAAUGCACAGGCGGAUGCGAAGCUGGAGGGUGCAAGCGACAAGAAGAUUCGCGAGAUUGAGAAGAGGCGGAAGAAAGACCUGGAGGAAGUGGAAAAGGACCGAGCGAAGUUACUGGAGAAGCAUGAGAAGGCUUUGGCCAAGUCGCAGAAGAAGUCGGGGAAGAGAGAAGAGAAGGACGAGAAGAAGGUAGCGAAGCUCGAAUGGCUUAUGGUUCGAGCCCUGUGA